UGGCCCCGCCUACGAGUGGCGGACGGUCACGUGACGCGACGGCUGGGGGCUCCCGGCGCGGGGGACGCUGGUGGCCAAGAUGGCGGCGGAACUGGUGGAGGCCAAAAACAUGGUGAUGAGCUUCCGCGUGUCCGACCUCCAGAUGUUGCUGGGAUUCGUGGGCCGCAGCAAGAGUGGCCUGAAGCAUGAGCUGGUCACCAGGGCCCUGCAGCUGGUGCAGUUCGACUGCAGCCCGGAGCUGUUCAAGAAGAUCAAGGAACUCUACGAGACACGCUAUGCCAAGAAGAAUGUGGAGUCUGGCCCACAGCCCCACCGGCCCCUGGACCCUCUCACCGUGCAUUCCACCUAUGACCGGGCUGGCACAGUACCCAGGACUCCGCUGUCGGGCCCCAAUAUUGACUACCCUGUGCUCUACGGGAAGUACCUAAAUGGACUUGGACGAUUGCCUACCAAGACCCUCAAGCCAGAAGUCCGCCUGGUGAAGCUGCCCUUCUUCAACAUGCUGGAUGAGCUGCUGAAGCCCACUGAGUUAGUCCCACAGAACGCUGAGAAACUUCAGGAAAGUCCAUGCAUCUUCGCCCUGACUCCCAGACAGGUGGACCUCAUCCGGAGCUCCAGAGAGCUGCAGCCUGGAGUGAAAGCCGUGCAAGUGGUCCUCAGGAUUUGCUACUCAGACACCAGCUGCCCUCAGGAGGACCAGUACCCCCCCAACAUUGCCGUCAAGGUCAACCACAGCUACUGCUCCGUUCCAGGCUACUACCCUUCCAACAAACCUGGAGUGGAGCCCAAGCGGCCCUGCCGGCCCAUCAACCUUACCCACCUCAUGUACCUGUCCUCUGCCACCAACCGUAUCACUGUCACCUGGGGCAACUAUGGCAAGAGUUAUUCUGUGGCACUCUACCUGGUGCGGCAGCUGACGUCAUCGGAGCUGCUACAGAGGUUGAAGACGAUCGGGGUGAAGCACCCUGAGCUGUGCAAGGCACUGGUGAAGGAGAAGCUGCGCCUGGACCCCGACAGCGAGAUCGCCACCACGGGCGUGCGGGUCUCCCUCAUCUGCCCGCUGGUAAAGAUGCGGCUAUCGGUGCCCUGCCGGGCAGAGACCUGCGCCCACCUGCAGUGCUUCGACGCUGUCUUCUACCUGCAAAUGAAUGAAAAGAAGCCCACGUGGAUGUGCCCAGUGUGCGACAAGCCCGCCCCCUAUGACCAGCUCAUCAUUGACGGGCUCUUAUCCAAGAUCCUAAGCGAGUGUGAGGAUGCAGAUGAGAUCGAGUACCUGGUGGAUGGUUCAUGGUGCCCAAUCCGUGCAGAGAAGGAGCGGAGCUGCAGCCCCCAGGGCCCCAUCCUGGUGCUUGGUGCCUCCGAUACCAAUGGUCUCCUGCCGCCCCCAAGUGUGAACAGUGGCGGUGGCGGUGGCCCACUGGGCACGGGCGGUGGGCUGGGCGCCCCCAGUGUGGAGAACGGGAAGCCAGGAGCCGAUGUGGUGGACCUUACGCUGGACAGCUCAUCUUCCUCGGAGGAUGAAGAGGAGGAGGACGAGGAGGAGGAGGAGGAUGAGGAGGGCCCUCGGCCCAAGCGCCGAUGCCCCUUCCAGAAGGGCCUGGUGCCAGCCUGCUGACCACGGGCCGCUGGACACUCACUGGUGCUCGCCAUCGGAGGGGCAGGUGGGCGCGGGGUGCACAGGGAGGAGGCCUUUGCUUUCCUUUCAUGUUUCACUUUGUUUUCUCCACUCCGCCCCUGGCUCCCAGCACCUGUACCUCUGGACUCUCCUCUGGGGGGAUUAAAAAAAGUAAAAUGACAAAAAAAAAAAAAGUACAAAAACAAAAAAAGAAAAAAAAAAACCCGACUUUGAAGAAUAAGGCAAGUCACCACACAGCCACCUCCCCAGCUGGAGUCCAGGCCCAAGCCCUAGCUGGACCCAGGAGUGCUGGGCAGCUGGGACCCAGGACGCCCUGCGAACUUCCACUCCCCCUGCCAUUGCCUGCAAUGUCCCGGCCCCUCCCAGCUGGUGCAGGGGACCCAUGGGAGGGGCAUGGGCCAGGCCCGGCUGGCGACCCUCGACCUUGGCUGUGUCUGUCCCUUUGCUUUCUCCGCAAAUGCACAGGCUGGAGCCCCUGGCAGCCUUGCUGUGCUGAGCAUCUUAGCUAAGAAGCCAUGGAGGGGGGGCGGGAGGGGGGUGGGGUGGGUGGGGCAGGGAGGGGGCGCCACAGAUGUGUUGUAUUUUUUGAAAGUGCAAUAACUUGGUGUUCAGAAGGCUGGGCUCCGGGCCAGGCCUCCCCGGGGAGGCGGGCCCCAGGCACGGCACCGUGUGGCGUGGGGUGGGGGGGGUCUCAGUUUUCUAGCCAGCUACCUCGGUAACUCCAAUUCAGGUUAACUUCCCUAUGGAGCAGCACAGAUGCCACCGCCCGGCGGGUGGGCGGGGGGGGGGGGCACCCGCUGGCUCCUUGUUUUCGUCUUGCUCUUGGGUUUCCCGGCCCCUCCCUGGGAGCCUCUCUUCCAACAGGGCCCGGCCAGCGCCACACCAGUCUGGGACCCCCUGGUGGGGGUCUCAGGGAGGAGGAGGGGAGGGGAGCCUCCAGACCUCCGUGCCCUGCAGCCGGGCAGCCACCGAUUCUCCACAGAACUCUCCGAGUCAGGAAGCAAUACCUUCAGGUCUAGAGGACACCGGCCCGGGCCACGAGGAACUCUGCGGCCACGCCCACUGGCAGCCCAGGGCGCUGUUUUCUAAUAUUUGUAUUCUAAUUUAAUUGUUUUUAAAAAAUGCAAAUAAAAAGGUCAUGGUGAAGCCACGGAGGAGUCCUGAUGUGAUGUGUGCCUGGGUCCCUG